AUGGCUCCACUGCUAGCCCUAGAUGGACAUGAUGAAUGCCCCGCAUGCCUCGGUGUGGUCCACCUGAGAGAGGGGCUGUCCGACAAUCAGUGUAUGAAUUGCAGUUUCAUGCCACAUGGGCUGAAAGUGGCAAGACUAGCCGAGGUGGAAGGACCUCAGGUUGAAGGUGAGCUUCCCCUGCCUGGAAGAGAACCAGUGGUACGAGUACGCUCCCCACCCAGGGCUGCCCCGCCCAGGAAGAAGGCUAGGAAGGCUGACGGUUAUGCUGCCAAAGUGGACAAGCUAGUGUCAGAGUUCGCUGAGAUUAAGAGUUUGCUCUAUAACCUUCAGCCAGUCAGGUUGGCGUCAAUCUCUCAGGCUGAGGCUCCAACUACACCAGAAUGGGACGGAGAUGCUCUGUCUACGAGGGCUUCCUGUAGCCAGUUCUAUGAAGACAGGCCGGGACAGGGCGAGCCAUAUAUUGAGGAGCUUCACAGAUGCUGGCCAGACCCCAGAUCUCUAUCUCAUCACACCAGUGACAGCAGGGCCUUGGCUUCAAUGCAGAAUGCCAGCAAGCAUGGACUCGACCGAAUGCCAGCCGUAGAGCCGACCAUUGCCUCCCUCAUUGUGGCACCAGAAGAGGUGUUGAGGCCGAAUGCUCGCUGUCCCAGGCCACAGUGUCGCAUCACUGAUGACCUGUUAACAAAGUGCUACGACACAGCGGCACGUAUGGGCCGUAUCGGGAACUCCUUGUCCCAUUUGAUAUUGGCCCUGUCUCAGUCCUUGCAAUCAUCCAGUACAGAUGCUUCAGUGCAGAGUCUAAGUGACACGUCUUUGCAGGCAUUUGCCUUCAUGACCAGAGAGCUUGGUAGGCUGAUGGCGUCGCUUACGCUGGCUCGCCGCCAGGUAUGGCUGGCCCAGUCCCCAUUAUCAGAGCCAUGCCGGAGGACCCUUCGCACUCUCCCCGUAGUUCCGGGAGAGCUGUUUGGCCCAGCAGCACAACAGGCCUUGGAUCGUGGCAUCCAGGCUAACCAGACACGGCAGCAGUUUGCUAGCCUUCGGGGAGCUGCAUCCCAACCGAGGCAGCAGCCUCCACAAGGACCUCACCAGCUCCUGAGCGACCCUAUCAACCCCGUCGGGCUCCCACAAGGCCAGCACCACAGGCACAGAGGGGUCGGGGGUCGGGGUUUCCCCCCAGGCCCCCAAGAGGGCGUGGGGGCAGGUACUGACGGCUCAUGGCCGGGCGUCGGGCGCUUCACCCAGCAGCACCUAAUCUGCUGGGGAAGUUGCACUACAGACCCUUGGGUGGUGACCACGCUUUCCCAAGGGUACAAUCUCCAAUUCCGACGCCGGCCCCCAGUUUUCAGGGGGAUCAGACUGACUACAGUCAGCGAUCCCACAAAGCGACAGGCCCUCAGCCAGGAGGUAUCCACCCUCCUGGAGAAGAAGGCCAUCGAGAUCGUAGAUCCUCAGACACAGCAAGGUGGGUUUUACUCAGUGUAUUUUUUAGUUCCAAAAGAGGGUGGGUUUCGCCCUAUACUGGACUUACGAGGGCUGAACAGUUUUCUGAAAGUAUUGCCCUUUCACAUGCUAAAGACAGCGGAAGUGCUCCAGGCCGUCGCACGGCAAAGCUGGUUCACAUCAAUAGAUCUAGAGGAUGCAUACUUUCACGUCCCGAUAGCACCACAUCACAGGCCAUACCUGCGCUUUGCAUUCGAAGGGCGGGCCUACCAGUACAGGGUCCUCCCAUUCGGGUUAUCCCUAGCCCCACGGAUCUUCACAAGGUGCAUGCGGGCAGCGCUCGCACCAAUGCAAGCCACCGGAAUACAAAUCCUCCCUUAUCUGGACGAUUGGCUUAUUUGCGCUCCAACCCGGCAACAGGCAGAGCAGGACACCACAGCCCUCCUAGGCCAUGUGGGAAGGUUGGGUCUUACAGUCAACUACGGCAAAAGUUGUCUAAUACCCAGCCAACAGGUAUUAUUCCUUGGCAUAACCCUGGACUCCGUCCAAAUGCUUGCCUUCCCGUCUCCACGGCGGGUAGAGGCCAUACUCCAGAUCCUCCUGCAUUUUCGGGAGGACAGGAGGGUAAGGUACAGCCUUUUUCUCAGGCUGUUGGGAAUGUUGACGUCAGUAACGUCAAUAGUGCCACUGGGCCUCCUUCACUUGCGGCCGUUCCAAGUUUGGACCAAUGGCCUCCACUUAGAUCCAAGGUUGCACGGAUCCAGGAAGGUCAGGGUGUCCAGUCAAUGCCUCCUGGCAUUACAACCCUGGAGACGCAGGGCAUAUCUUGCCAAAGGUGUCGCACUAGGUUCGAUCCCCUCACGCCGCGAAGUGGUGGUGACCGAUGCUUCGCUCUCUGGCUGGGGGCAGUGUGGCAACAGGGCAGUGAGAGGGCUCUGGAGUGCGCCGCACAGGACACAGCACAUAAAUGUGCUCGAGCUCCGUGCUAUUUAUUUAGCGCUCCACCAAUUCCUGCCAUAUUUGAGGGGCAGACAUGUUCUGGUACGAUGCGACAACAAGUCAGCUGUCUACAAUGUGAACCACCAAGGGGGCACAAGGUCGGCUCAGUCAUUACAGGUUGCACAGCAACUUCUUGUAUGGGCUCUCCCUUACUUUUCCAGCCUCAGGGCUAUGUACCUUCCAGGGCCACAGAAUACGGUGGCAGACUUUCUUUCACGCCAGAAACCCGUCGGGGAGUGGCGACUCCACCCAGAGGUAGUAGAGGCAAUUUGGAGCAAAUACGGCACAGCAGAGGUAGACCUGUUUGCUUCAGAGUCCACAACACAUUGCCCUCUCUGGUUCUCUCUGUCAGAGACGAGUCCGAUGGGACAGGAUGCCUUGGCACAUCCAUGGCCACGUCAACUCCUUUAUGCCUUCCCGCCAUUUCCACUGAUAGGGUUAACUCUACACAGAGUUCAGAAGGGGAACCACAGACUCCUGCUGGUUGCCCCAAACUGGCCAGGGAGACCUUGGUUUCCAGUAAUGUACAGGCUGCUAGACGGAGAUCCAUGGUGCCUGCCGAAGAGGCGGGACCUGCUCUCACAGCUGGGGGGCCACAUCUGGCACCCCAGACCAGAGUGCCUGCAGCUAUGGGUUUGGCCCUUGAGGGGCCUGAUCCACUUAUAA